UCGGCUGCUCCAUUCCUCACACCCUCAACUCGACACAUAUCGUUACAAUGCCCUAUAGUAAGGUGGUUGAACGAACCCUCACCACUCACCCAUCAAUGAGUGUCACACCUGCGAUGGCCCAUCCUUGGCCUUCUCGUCUGGCAAUGGCGGAGAGGGGUGGGCCGGCGGACUUUCAUGAGGGUCAUCGCGAGAGAUGAGAGAAGAGGCCUGAAUACCCAAAGAGGCAGGCAGGCAAGGUAAGAGACCUUCUUUCUUUCCAUUUGCCGGCAUGUAUGUAACCUUUCUCGAUGUUUGUCUCUGGUCGGUCCUCCGUCUGCCGCCAAACCCAGCUGCAUAAGCUGUCGACGCGCGGGACACCUUUCUCGGGGAGAAACCCACUAACCACACGUACGCACAUCGCUAUAGUUGCCUGACUCAUGCCCUUCUAUUGCUCAAUCUCUCUCUCUCUCUCCCUAUGUGUGUGUGUGUGUGUGUGUGUGUGUGUACCAGUUGCCGGUCCGUGUGGCGACGGGGGUGCGGUACUUGAGGGCGUGGACCGCUCGAAUGCCCCCCUCAGCCGCUGCUGCAGCCUCUGAAUGCGGUCCUGCUGGUCGGCAGCGUACUGAUCGACCUGCAUGUAAGACGGAGGGAUGGAUAGGAGACAUCGGUGAGAAUGUGACUGACGUGUGAUUUGACGUGGGGGUGUGUACCUCGACGUCAAUGAUGAAGUCGCCGACCACAUAGAGACCCAGAUAACUGAAGACAGUUGCCAGCAGGUGCCGCAUCCACAUAUGUGUCUCUGUGUGAGUGCCUCACUCACCCGAGAAAGACAAGGAAGUAGAGCGCCGCGCAGACACCAAUGGUGAAGUACUGGUCCUCAGCCAAGCUCUGGAACAUCCUCGACGCCGUCCUCGGCCACAGCUUCCCGCGCCGCACCCCGCCGUCCUCUCUCUUCUGCACCAGCACAUCCGCCAGCAGCAUCGUCACCACCAGCACCACCAGGCCGUUCUCCAGCCAGUGCAACACAUACGCGCCCCGCAGACAUAGAGCCCCGCCACUGCAGUGAGGCAGGCGAAGGAGCCCCACAGGUAGCAGAGGAUCUCGUAGAGGAGAGAAGAGGCGUCGAAGUUGGCCGCGAGUAUGGUGAGGACGCCGUAGACCAUGGGGAGGGAGAAGACGAGGGCAGCGACGGGGGGGCGCCACCACGGAGGGGCGAGGGGCGACUCUCUGGGGCGGCAGAAACACCCCAUUGGUCAUUCAUGCCACGGAGAGCAUGGACGGCUGACUGGAUGGAUGGAUGGAUGGAAGCCACACAAGGAAGGGAGCGAUAAGGGUUCCGAAUCGGGUUUGUGUGCUCAGAGUGCACUCGUCAAACGACGUCAGAAGAGCGUCCCGCUGGCGUCUCAGGAGAAG